GUGGUUAGCAUUUUUGUGCAUGCUAGUGCCAUGGAGGAAUCGAGUAGUUGACGUUUCCUGUUGCAACCUUCUCUUUUUAAGCUUUCUUCCCGUCUGAUCAUCGCGAUCCUGACACCGGUUAACUGACGUUUUGACUUCUCAGCGACUUUUCCCACCACGAGCUUUGACCAACCGACAUCAUGAAGUACAUCAUCGGCAUCGGCGGCGUAACCAACGGAGGGAAAACCACCCUCACCAACCGACUGAUCAAGAACCUGCCCAACUGUUGUGUGGUUCACCAGGAUGACUUCUUCAAGCCCCAAGAUCAGAUUGAAGUUGGUGAAGAUGGCUUUAAGCAGUACGAUGUCAUCACUGCCCUGGACAUGGACGCCAUGAUGAGUACGAUCUAUGCAUGGUUGGACAACCCAGUGAAGUUCGAGAAGUCUCAUGGCGUCAGUAACACCCUGGAUACCGAGAUCGUCCCAAAGUCUGAACAUAAGGAAGAGGAGGAGACUCACAUCCUUAUUGUGGAGGGCUUUCUGCUUUACACCGACGGACCUUUGAUCGACGUGCUCAACCAACGCUACUUUAUUUCCAUCCCAUACCAAGAAUGCAAAAAGAGGAAGUGCUCUAGGAACUACACAGUGCCAGACCCCCCCGGCCUCUUUGACGGCCACGUCUGGCCCAUGUAUUUGAAACACAAGAACAUUGCUGCAGCUUUGUACUGCGCUCGAAUGGCAGUACUGUUGCCAUCAGGACGGCGUUGA